AUGCCCCCAGUAACGCCUGUUACUGGAGGGGCGACCUCCGACCAAGAUGACGGCAUCCGAUCGGAGGACUGGCCCACGGAGGUCAACGAUCCCUAUUCUCAUGACAGUGGUGAUCGAAUGCAAUUCAGCGGCGACGGACUGAAUACCGGAGUUCGAGUAUUAGGGGAUGGGCGCUUGGAUAUCCGGAUCAAUCAGCACAAGCCUAGUAUCGCAGGACUACUCAACCUCCAGCGCACUCCUAUACCGUCCGAGCUCGAACAUGACGAAGAAACUGAUGGUGCCGCUGGAGUACCCAAGGAGGAUGGCAAACACUUCCCGCUGAACCUCAAUAUCGUUAUCCAAGUCAUCGGAUCGCGUGGAGACAUUCAACCGUUUGUUGCUCUAGGAAAGGAGCUAAAGGCGCAUGGGCAUCGGGUCCGACUUGCCACGCACCUAGCCUUUCGAGACUUCAUCCUUGAUGCCGAGCUGGAGUUUUUCAAUAUCGGAGGUGAUCCUGCAGAGUUGAUGGCAUUCAUGGUCAAGAAUUCCGGACUGGUGCCUAAUAUGAGUACGAUCCGGAGCGGCGCAAUCCAAAAGCGCCGUCGAGAGAUGAAGGAGAUAGUAGAUGGUUGUUGGAGAUCUUGCUUCGAGAUGGGCGAUGGCACACAUCUGCACCAAAUCAAGGAAGACCCUUGGAGCGAUGCAGUAGAUUAUCGCCGGCGCCCCUUCGUUGCGGAUGCUAUCAUCGCCAAUCCACCGAGUCUGGCACACAUUCACUGCGCUCAAAGACUGGGGAUACCUCUUCAUAUUGUUUUCACUAUGCCAUGGUCACCCACCCAAUCAUUUCCGCAUCCUCUUGCCGUAAUUCACCAACAAAACUGCAAACCAACGGUCGCAAACUUCGUCUCCUAUGCAAUCGUUGAUAUGAUGAUUUGGGAGGGUCUUGGCGAUAUUGUGAACAAGUACCGCCGUAAUAUCCUUUCUUUGGAUGCGCUAGAUGGAAUUACCGCUCCAAGCUUGAUUCACAGAUUACAAAUACCGUGCUCGUAUCUCUGGUCUCCGGCUGUUCUUCCCAAACCCAAUGAUUGGGGCGACCACAUCGAUAUUUGUGGCUUCAGCUUCCUCCCUUCCAAGCCCGACUAUACUCCCCCAGAUGAGAUUGCACGAUUCCUGAACGCUGGGCCAAAGCCUAUAUACGUUGGCUUUGGUUCAAUUGUAGUCGAUGAUCAGAUAAAGUUGACGAGGAUUGUAUUCGAGGCGAUCAGAAAAUCUGGACAACGUGCCAUUGUUUCGAAAGGCUGGGGCAAUCUUGGCGUUGACGACAUGGAUGUGCCUGAAAAUAUUCUUGUCAUUGGAAGCUGUCCCCAUGACUGGCUAUUCCGACAAGUAUCAUGUGUGAUCCAUCAUGGGGGUGCUGGUACAACUGCCGCCGGGUUGGCACUGGGCCGUCCAACAAUUAUUGUCCCAUUCUUCGGUGACCAGCAGUUUUGGGGAGACAUCGUCGCGAGGGCUGGUGCUGGACCAUCGCCCAUUCCUCACAAACGGUUGACAGUGGAAGGCUUGAGUGAUGCAAUUGAAUUCGCUCUGAGAGAUACGACCUUUGAGAAGGCUGGCGAAAUUGCAAAGAAAAUGGAAAAUGAGUCAGGCGUGCGAGAUGGCGUAUGCAGCUUCCAUCGUCAGCUUGAUCUCCGGGCUCUACGGUGUGCGAUAUGCCCGACACGUCCUGCCGUGUGGCAUCUGAAACACACGAAUCUUGGAUUCAGUGCGUUUGCAGCGGCUGUACUGGUGGAAACAGGGAAGCUCAAACCGGAGGACCUGGUCUUAAACCGACCGAAGGAAUACGAUACGUAUCGCGACCCAGCUGGGCCUUUGACUGCUAGCGCCCAAGUUCUUUUUGGAGCCAUUGCCAACUUCGUGACUGGCAUCGCAGACGUCCCUACAGAGGUAUACAAUGAUUUCGUUGCCGCUGGCCGUGCCUUGGGUCACUCUCAUGAACACCUUGACCCAAAUACCAAAUGGCGACACCGAAAAUGCCACCGUACAGAUUCGGGCUUCCAGAGUGAUAGAUCUCCAGAUAACGAGGGAAGCUCACAAGAAAAUGAAAGGGCUUCACCCCCCAGCCAAGCUACCAAACCUCUUCCGGACGAGAGCGACGAAGACGAGGAAGAUGAAGAUAUGCUUAGCAGCAACAGUGAUUCAAACACAAUGGACAUAGUCCCAGAUUCAAGUAUGGAAAGAAGGCGCAGUCUUCAACUCGAGAAACAACAGACAAUGAGCUCUGAAAUCGCUCCGCCCAAGCCGCACACUGUUCUCUCCGAGGCCGCAAAUUUGAGCAGCAAGAUGUCGAAGAAAUUCGUUAAUCUUAUUAUUUGGUUGCCAACAGAUCUCACACUCAGCCUUUCGAAAGGGUUUCACAAUGCACCUAAAUUAUAUCAUGACCCGAUGGUGAAGUCGAUACCCAAGGUGCAUGAUGUUCGCAGCGGCUUUAAAGCUGCUGGGAAGGAAUUCUAUGAUGGCUUUUACUACGGCGUGACAGGUCUGGUGACCCAGCCUCGAUACGGAUAUAAGAAAAAGGGCACUAAGGGCAUGAUCAAGGGGGUAGGAAAGGGUCUUGGUGGAGUUUUUUUGAAACCACCUGCAGGCCUCUGGGGAUUAGCGGGCUACCCUCUGAGUGGGUUACGACGGAAGCUGUUAAAUUCCCUAGGCAAAUCUAGCGAGGGACAUAUCGUUUUAUCGCGGAUUGCACAAGGCCACGAAGAAAUGUGCGCGUCUUCGGCUGACGAGAGGGCGGAAGUGGUUAGCAAAUGGGCCAUCAUCGAAGAGUCGCUGAAGCAUGCAAAGAGGACAAGCAGACGUUGCCACUCGCGGUCUCAGCAUAUCACACCGCAGGUGCCCGCGAUAAUAUCUAGCAGCGCUUGA